AUGGACACUCCGACAUUGACGGUUCACACCUCCACCCUCUUUGACCCGACCUCAAAGCAAUUCAACAAGAACAUUUCCAUCGUCGUCAACCCCGCCACUGGCGCCAUUGAGGAUGUCAUUCAGCGAGAGAGCAUUGUGGCUCAAGUGAAGCCUGGCGACAUUGACUUGCGUCGUAAGGUCGCCAUGCCUGGUUUUGUAGAUGCGCAUACUCAUGUCUUCCUACAUGCCUAUAGUGAGCGCCCAUCAACAGAGCAGAUGCGUGACGAGAGCAUCGUAGAGCGCACUGUCCGGGCUGUCAACCACAUGCGCAUCGCAUUGCUAUCGGGAUACACCACGUAUCGUGACCUGGGUACCGAGGGCCUGGCUUCCCAUGACGCCAGCCUCCGCGACACUGUAAACCGUGGUCUCACGCCUGGGCCGCGCCUGUUUGUCGCAACAAGCUGCCUAGCUACCACUGGCUCCUACGAGAUCCGCACGGAAAACCACGGCAACGGCAUGCAGCCGCCGUCCAUCUGCGAUCCCUGCGAUGGUGUCGAUGGAGUGCGACGCGCUGUCCGCAGGCGAGUGGCCGAGGGCGCGGACAUGAUCAAGUUUUACGCCGACUACAGGCGCAAUACCUUGCGUGCUCCUUCAUCGGGCGACCCCAUUUUGUUUCCUCCUAUGAACCGGAACCCCGCCACUGUCAUGUUUACGCAGGACGAGAUGAACGCCAUUGUCGACGAGGCCAGGUCCGCCGGUCUGCCCGUCGCCUGCCAUGCGAGCACUGCCAGGGGCGUAACCAUGGCCGCCAAAGCCGGUGUAACAACCAUCGAGCAUGGAACAGAGGCCUCCCGCGAAGCUAUCCAAGCCAUGGCCGACAAUAAAUGCAUCUAUGUGCCAACCCUUGCCGUCGUCGAAGCGACAGCCAAGGACAGAGUCCAAGAGGUCCAGGCCAUAGCUAAAACCGCUCACGAUAUGGGUGUGCGUCUCGCGGCUGGCGGUGACACGGGCGCCUUCAACCACGGCCAAGGGGCGAGGGAGAUGGAGCUCCUGAUGGAAGCCGGCAUUCCCGUGGAAGACGUAUUGGAAGCCUGCAUGCUCGGCGGCUGGGAGUCAUGUGGUAGGGACGCCUGCGGAUAUCGGUUCGGCUGGCUCGAAAAGGGCAAUCGCGCCGACAUCAUCGCUCUCGACACCGACCCCCGCGUCGACAGGUCUGCUUUCCGCAAAGUCAACUUUGUCAUGAAGGACGCACACGUCUGGAAGCAGAACAGCAUUCCUGUCGGCUUUAUCGACCGCAUCAUGGAGGAGUCUGUUCACGCCGACUCGACCUGGCAGCUCGUGUAA